AUGCAAGUGCCGGUUCUCGGCUGCACUUUCCUCACGCUGUCAGAUCGUGAGGAAAGUACUGCCGAGAACCGGCAGUUGUCAGAGCGAGCAUCGACGCCGAUCAUCAGGGCACUGAUCAUCAGUGCCCUGAUGAUCGGUGCCCAGCAGUUCCACCCGCAAGUUCCGCCCACCUGUGCCCAGCAAUCACCCACCUGUACCCAGCAGUGCACCCACCUGUGCCACUCUGCAGUGUCACACACCUGUGCCCAGAAGUGCCACCUACCUGUGCCCAGCAGUGCCACCCACCUGUGCCCACCAGUUCCACCCACCUGUGUCCACCCACCAGUGCUGCCCACCAGUGCC